ACGCUACUUGCUCUUCAUCGAGGCUGUGCAGCUCUGGUAUGCUUGGGUCUCUGCCAGCUCCGUAUGCUGCGGCCUGCAGGCGCAGCGCCGCCCAGCGAUUCCGUCAGCCAUCGACACGACGACACGCGUCGGCAUCGGCGCCAACGUCGAAAGUCUUUUCAGAUUCGAAAUCGGCCGAGUUCCUCGCGGCGGCGGGAUCGGCUGAGUCUAUCCCGCGUUUGGAAGGCCUUCCUGAGGUCAUAGUCACCGGUCGUGCCAAUGUGGGAAAGUCCACGCUACUGAACGCUGUUCUUGGUCGGCGGAGUUUGCUGCACACCAGUAAAAAACCGGGUCGGACACAGACGCUAAAUUACUAUCGCGUUGGACCACCUCCUGGUCAUCUCGUUCUGGUUGACGCACCAGGAUAUGGCUCGCGCGGUCGCCCAGAGUGGGGUGCGCUGUUCGAUCAUUACGUUCAAACACGUGCAGAAUUGCGAAGAGUGUACAUCUUGUUCCACGCAAAACACGGCCUGAACGAUGUCGACCGCAUGAUGCUCAGCUCGCUCGACGAGCAGUGUCGCGCGUCAAGCGGGUUGCAGUUCACGGUGCAGGGCAUCAUCACGAAGACGGACACUCUCCGCGCUGACGAGGUCGCGAAAACCAUCAAGAGGAUACAGGCGGAAAUAUUCGAGACCGCGCCGACGUGCUUGCCGGCCAUCGUCACCUCGGCGCUGGAGAGCCCGCACUUCGGUGUCGACCAGGUCAGGCAGAGUAUUGAGGAAGCGUGCGGACUGGGACGGGCGGAGAUGAAGGUGUUCCGCUCUCCAUAAUACCAUUGCUUCUAGCCUCGAGCGUGUGCCUAGGCUUAUUUAUGAGGUCUACUAUGGCCAUGCGCCGCGAUAGUUGUGCGCUAUGUAAAGGACCGCCACUCUUCU